AUGGCAGACAUUAAAGCCAUGCUCCAUCAGGUUAAGGUGUCUGAUAAGCAUGUCGACUACCUGAGAUUCUUAUGGUGGCCUGACGGUGAUAUGCUGCAAGAUCUGACUGAAUAUAGGAUGAAAGUACAUGUAUUUGGAGCUGUGUCAUCACCAAGUUGUGCAAAUUUCGCUUUGAGGAAAACUGCUGAAGACAACCAAGCUCAUUUUCCACCUGAGGUGACAGACACAGUACGCCAUAACUUUUAUGUAGAUGACUGUUUACGUUCGAUUCCCACAGAACAAGAAGCAGUACAAUUAGUAAAAGAUCUGACUGCUCUCUGUCAAAUGGGUGGGUUUACUCUGUCCAAAUGGAUCAGCAACAGCCGUGCUGUAUUAACAUCUAUUUCACAAGAGCACAGGGCUAAAGAAAUCAAGGAGUUGGAUUUGGACAAGGACAAUCUACCAAUGGAAAGAGCCCUAGGACUACACUGGUGUGUGGAAACUGAUGUGUUCAAGUUCACAGUUGUUGUACCAGAAAGACCACACACUAGACGCGGCAUUUUAUCUGUGGUCAGCUCUGUAUACGACCCUUUAGGAUUUCUAGGACCAUUUACUCUGCCAGCCAAAAUGAUUAUGCAGGAGCUCUGCAAGGAAAAGCUUGAAUGGGAUGAAACCAUACCACACGUUUUCUCUCAACAGUGGACAGGAUGGCUAGCAGAUCUCAGCAAAAUGAAGGAGUUUAAAGUUGACCGGUGCAUGAAGCCUACACACUUUGGUCAAAUCACACACUCACAGCUGCAUCACUUUUCGGAUGCCAGUGAGAGUGGCUACGGAACCGUCUCAUAUCUAAGACUGGAAAACAAAAACAAAGUAGUACAUGUUGCAUUCAUUAUAGGAAAAUCAAGAGUGGCACCAUUUAAAACAAAUGACAAUUCCCAGAAUGGAGCUGGGUGCAGCGGUCCUCGCUGUCGAAGUUGACACAAUGCUGUGAAAGGACCUACAGUUAAAACUGGAGGAAUCAUUUUUCUGGACGGCUAGCACAACCGUGCUUAAAUACAUAAGCAACGAAACCAAACGCUUUAAAACAUUUGUAGCAAACAGUCUCUUUUGUAAGGGAUGCUACCGACAUAUCACAAUGGAGAUACGUGAGCACAAAGGAAAACCCUGCAGAUGCAGCAUCAAGAGGGCUGACAGCAGAUCGCUUCCUAGGCUACAAAAAUUGGAAAAGAGGAACAGAUUUUCUCUGGAAAGCAAUCCAAGAAUAGCCAAUCUUGCAAGUUGAAUCCAAAAUCUCUGUUGAUGAUCCAGAAAUCAAACCUGGCAUCACAGCAAAUGACAUUGUCAAAAGUCAGUUGAACCCAACUAUUUCAUCCACUACUUCUCAUCCUGGAUGAGACUGAAGAUUGCAAUAGCCUGGCUUUUAAAAGUAAAGACCACACUCUUGAAACUGAUUAGGAAAAGAAAAUAAGUUCAAACUGCUGUGAGUAGUGUUGAAAAUGAUCAUGUCAAAUUAAAGAAGAACAUUGAAGAGGAGAUGCAUGUAUUUAAAGCCACACUUCAUGGACAGUGCUUAUCUCCCCAAGAUUUAAUCCAAGCAGAGAAUGCAGUCAACUCAUUCAGUCAAAGUGAAAGAUUUCAAGGGGAAAUUUCUGUUCUACAGACUGAGAAAAAUGUCAAAAGAAACAGUUAUUUGUACAAAUUGGAUCCAGUGCUGGAGGAUGGACUUCUCAGAGUAGGUGGUCGCCUGAAUAGGCUAGCAAUGCCUGAAGAUAUCAAACAUCCGAUUAUUCUCUCUAAGGACCUCCACAUAUCCACACUACUAUUAUGCCACAUCCAUAAACAACUCGGACAUGCAGGAAGAGAUUACAUGCUAUCUUGUCUCCGCAAAAAAUAUUGGAUCAUCAAAGCCAAUUCUGCUGCAAGAAAAGUCAUAAAACACUUUAUUGUGUGCAAACGACAGAGGAGUAAAGUCAGAGACCAAAAAAUGUCAGACUUACCUUUGGAAAGAAUUCAACCAGACAAACCUCCAUUCACGGAUGUAGGAGUGGACUACUUCGGUCUUAUUAGACUCAAAAGAGGACGAAGUCUUGUUAAAAGGAGAUUCAUCUGUCGAAGAGAUCAAGUUUCAUCUCUGAGAUCGGACAAUGGUACAAACUUUAUAGGAGCGGAAAGAGACUUAAAGAAAGCAUUGAACAGCUUGAAUCAGGAUGAAAUCCAGAACGCUAUGCUACUGCAAGGUAUAAAGUGGAUCUUUAAUCCCCCUGCAACGUCCCAUCAUGGUGGUGUAUGGGAACGACUAAUCCGCAUGAUACAGAGUGUGUUGCGCUCCGUUCUUCAUCAGCAAAUACUUGAUGAUGGAUUGCAAACUUUAAUGUGUGAGGUUGAAGCAAUCUUAAAUGACCGACCCAUAACCAAAUCCCCUGAUGAGCCCUUGGACCUGGAAGCGCUGACCCCAAACCAUCUUCUUUUGUUAAAAAACAAUCCAAUAUUGCCACCUGGACUCUUUGUAAAGGAGGAUCUGUACAUCAAACAUAGUUGGAAACAAGUACAAUACAUGACAGAUCUCUUUUGGAAACGAUGGACAAAUGAAUACUUACCUUUAAUCCAAGAACGUCAGCGAUGGACCAGAGUCAAGAGAAGUUUUGCCCCUGGUGACAUUGUGGUGGUGGUCGAUUCCACUGCCCCACGAGGAUCCUGGUUACUGGGGAGGAUACUUGAAACUUGCAAAAGGUCUUGUACGCACAGUUCGACAAAAGACCAAAAACAACAUACUGGAAAGACCAAUAACCAAGAAAUGUCUCUUCCAAAAGACUGAAAUUGAAGAUUAAUGAAGAUUCAAGAUUAAUGAACUAUAAAUGCCAACAUGUUUUUAUUUUGAAAUUAUGGAAAAAAUAAAAAAAAUGAAAUGUGAAAAAAGAAAAAAAAACUGAGAAGAAGAAUUAUGUAAAAGUUAAUUUGAAUGGCUCUCUUUCAAGUAAUUGUUACAGUGUAAACAAUAAGGGGCCGGUGUGUAGGAGCCAUUUAAGGCAUCCCUAUUUUUGAGUUGGCAUUUACUUUCUUUUGUCACUAGGUGGCGGGCUUUUUAGUUGAGCAGUGCAGUGGGGAAGGGAUAUAUAGGAACACAGGUGAGCCAAACGAGGAAGUACUCAGGUGUGGGAGCACAAACCGUUCUUACCAACAGCAGACAACAGCAGACAGUAACAGGCAGGAAAACAUAUAACACAAUAUCACUGCAAUUAUCCCGGGUAUGUUUCAUUCACCCUGCAAAUUCGUUAAUAAAUAUGCAUAAACUGGA